GUCCCUAGAGACAUGAAAUUUAAGACACCUUACAGGCGAUUCAAAGUUCACAGACUUCUGUUUGAAACCUUGUCUGAUGUCUUCAAGGCAAUGCUUAAGGUAGGUUAUUUACUCUGUCUGUUGUCUUCAAAACCAUGUUUAGUGUAAGUUAUUUACUUUGUCUGAUGUCUUCAAGGCUAUGCUUAGGGUAAGUUAUUGACUAUGUCUGAUGUCUUCAAGGCUAUGUUUAGGAUAGGUACUAAAUAUCAGUUAGCUACAUGACUAUGAUAUUAUAACAGUUCUACCAUAGAACUUAAAUUGGAUGGUCAAACCUUCUCGUUUCAAUGUUCUUAACAAACACCUUAGUUAAUCUCAUAACACUUGACUAGGUUUGCGGGUCUUCAAAGAAAGAUGCACUAUUCGGAAAACUUUUUGACCACCGUUAGGUAUAUACGACGUCCUUGGCAUAAACUGUUAUUAUUUUUAAUAUUUUAGUUUCAUGGUCAGCAGACCGUGAUCAAACUGCACAGCUUUGAAUCGCUGCUCCUACCUGGCAAAGACUUGAUGCGACAUUUCAACCAGAUUAUUUACUACGCCUACAAUGGGAAUGUCCGGCUGACUUCCAAGAAUGUCAAACCCCUGUUGAUCCUCGCAGACUAUUUUUGGAUUGACCAACUGAAGGUGACGUGUGAUCAUUUUUUUGACUUCAACUGAAAUGGUCCAUCAAAUCAACGUUGUACAGUUUUCAGACUGUGACCAGGAACGUAAAAAAAAUAGAAAGACACCGAGAUCACAAGAUUAUCGUUAACUAGUAGUAGUAUUGUCAAACAUGAUGGCGAAAUAAAAUUGUUAAGUUAGAGGAACGGUAGUGAAUGUCUUCUAGUUCCAUGAGGUAAAAGCAUCAACAUCCAAGUCUUUCAUUUCUAUGAGGGAACUAGGUCAAAGUCUUCCAGGUCCCUGAGGGCAAUACACACAGGUCCAAAUCUUCCAGUUCCUUGUGGGGAAUUACACUCCAAAGUCCUUCAGUGCUUUCUGGGGGAACCAAACACAAUUCCAAGUAUUUUAGUUUACUGAGCAAACUACACCCAAAGCAUCAUUGUUUAUGGCAUGGCACGGUUAAAGUUUCCGAACAAUCUUUCUCUUUGGCUAUGUUUGCGGGCACAUUUCUUGCACCUUUUGACCGCAGGUUCAUGAAACAUUGGCCCGCAGUUUCAUGAGGCCUUUUCCUGGCACGUUGAUGAGACAUUUUCCAACACGUUCAUGAGACAUUUGCCCGCACGUUGAUGAGGCAUUUUCCCACACGUUCAUGAGAAAUUUUCCCGCAGCUUUAUUAGAUAUUUUCCCACACGUUCAUGAGACAUUUGCCGCACGUUGAUGAGGCAUUUUCCCACACGUUCAUGAGAAAUUUUCCCGCAGCUUCAUUAGACAUUUUCUCAUAGGUUCAUUAGACAUUUGCCCGUAGGUUUGAGAUAUUUUCUGUGACGUCCAUGAGACAUUUGCCCGCAGGUGCAUGAGACAUUGGCCUGCAGGUUUAUAAGACAUUGGCCCGCAGGUUUAUGAGAUAUUGGCCCGCAGGUUUAUAAGACAUUUCCUACCAGGUUUAUGAGACAUUGCCCCCGCAGGCACAUGAGACAUUUCCCCGCAGGUUCGUGAGACAUUUCCCCGCAGGUUCAUGAGACAUUGACCCACAGGUUCAUGAGACACAUUUUCCCGCAGGUUCAUUAGACAUUUCCCAGCAGGUUCAUGAGACAUUUGCCCGCAGGUUCAUGAGACAUUUGCCCACAGGUUCAUGAGCAAUUUUAGGUAGGACUAAACCCCCCUGAAAAGCCGCUAUUUACAAACUAAUUUACUUUAUUUUCUGUUAUUUACAAAGUUAUGUACACAGUUAUGUACAGUUAUGUACAGAGGUAUUAUAGCUGUUUAAACUCCAAUCAUUGGGGAAAAAAAGUACCCAUAUGUAUCGUAAUGUUUGUGACAUGUUGUUGUCCAGUUUUGCAUAUGUCUCAUCUUCUUAACUAAACUCUACACCAAUCCUUGUUUACCUCUUUGACUUCUGCCAUCACAGGAUCGCUGUGUUGAUUACCUCAUCUUCUACCUGACCCCACGGUCAGUAUUCCACGCCUUGCAUCUUGCUCAGAUGCUAGGACUCCCGAAGCUCAAGUCCAUGGCGCUCAAGUAUUUCUGCAGGCAUUUAUUAAAGACCACUGAAAACCCAGAGUAUCCCAACAUGGAUCCCGAAAGUUUGAUCCAGGCUUUCGACACCGACGAUCUCAUCGUCCUGAGGUCAAGAUUCGAUCCGCUCAACACAAUGGAGCUUGAGUACAGCCUGUUCACGGCUGUCUUGAAGUACCUCUCGGCCAGAUGUCCGGACGACACGGACAUAGCUCUGAGGCUCGUUGCUACUGUCAGACUGC